GGGAUGCACUUGGAUGUUCUUAUAGGAAAAAUAUCAACAAGAUCUAAAGAAUAUAUAUAUAUAUAUAUAUAUAGAAAGAGCUUUACUCACACUUGGAGGAAAGAUAAUAUAAUAGAAAAUAAAAAUAAAAAAUGAAUUUACUUUGGCAUGACAAAGAAGUUUUCUUCUGUUUGUUCUGACUUGUUCUCUGUGGUCAAUGGGUGCGAGUAUUCAGAAGGCAUUUACAAGCUUCAACAGAGGAAACCCAGAUUGGCCAGUGAUGUCCUCUUCUACUUUUCCCUCUCUUUCUCCUCCUCCUCCUCCUCCAAGAUUUCCCCCAAAAUCUUUUAUGUUUCUCUUGUUCUUACAAUGAUCCACGGGAACAUGAGACCUAGAGCUCUCAUAAGAGCAUGUCCUCACAUGGUUCUGUGCCUCCUCCUCUGUGUUCUCCCCCUCCCCGGUCUCUUUCUUACAACUGCAGAGGCUGUCUGCAAUCCACAGGACAGAGAUUCUCUGUUGUGGUUAUCUGGCAACUUAUCUUCUGCUACACCUCCUUUGAAUUGGAAUCAAUCCAAGGAUUGCUGUUCAUGGGAGGGAAUCUUCUGCGAUGAUUCUCCAGACAACCGUGUUACGGCCAUUUCCUUGCCCUCACGAGGACUCUCCGGCAAUCUCCCGCCGUCUAUUCUGAAUCUUUCCCGUCUCUCUCAUCUCAAUCUUUCUCAGAACCGUCUUUCGGGUGCUCUCCCUCCAGGUUUUUUCUCCGCCCUUAAUUGGCUCCUGGUUCUUGAUCUUAGUUUCAAUGGCUUCAAUGGUGAGUUGCCACUUGAACAAGCAAUUGGCAAUGGCGGCAACAGAGUACUCUUCCCUAUUCAGACCAUUGAUCUUUCAAGCAAUCUUCUCCAAGGCGAAAUGCCCAGAAGUUCGGUUUUUCUUCAGGGUGCUCUGAAUUUGACCAGUUUCAAUGUCAGCAACAACAGCUUCACAGGUUCGAUCCCUUCGUUCAUGUGCACGAGUUCACUGCAGCUCGCCAAAUUGGAUUUCUCCUACAAUGAUUUCAGCGGCAAUAUCUCCUCAGAAAUCGGAAGAUGUUUGAGGCUAAGUGUUCUAAGAGCAGGUUUCAACACUCUCACUGGAGAAAUCCCGAAUGAAAUCUAUAACCUUUCUGAGCUUGAACAACUGUUUUUGCCAGUUAACCAUUUCUCUGGCAAAAUAGAUGAUUCCGUCACCCGUCUCACGAAACUGACAUUGCUUGAGCUUUACUCCAAUCACUUAGAAGGAGAGAUACCGACAGAGAUAGGUAAGCUCUUCAGUCUACGGAGCCUCCAACUCCAUAUCAAUAACCUCACUGGUUCAAUCCCUCCUUCCCUGGCCAAUUGCACCGAUCUUGUCAAGUUGAAUUUGAGAGUUAAUGUUCUUGGAGGAAGCCUAUCCGAGAUCGACUUCUCCCGGUUUCAGAACCUUACCAUUCUUGAUCUCGGGAACAACAGCUUUUCCGGUGAUUUUCCAACGAAGCUUUACUCUUGCAAAUCACUCACGGCGAUCCGGCUUGCAGGCAACAAGAUAACAGGACAAAUAUCUCCCGAAGUCCUGGAACUUGAGUCCCUGUCCUUCAUGUCUCUUUCCGACAAUAAACUGACAAAUAUUUCAGGGGCUCUCAGCAUUCUGCAGGGCUGCAAGAAGUUGUCCACCCUUAUCAUGGCAAAGAAUUUCUACAAUGAAACGGUUCCAAGUGAAGAAGACUUUAUUGACCCAGAUGGAUUCCAAGAACUCCAAAUCUUUGGCAUAGGUGGAUCCAGAUUGAUAGGUAAGAUACCGGUAUGGCUGAUCAAGCUAAAGAACUUAGAGGUCCUGGAUAUUUCAGUGAAUGCUCUCACUGGAACAAUACCCGGUUGGUUAGGAACUCUUCCAAACCUUUUCUACAUGGAUAUUUCAGAUAACCUUCUUACAGGAGACCUGCCCAAGGAAAUCUUUCAGCUGAGGGCUUUAAUGUCCCAGAAGGCCUACGAUGCAACAGGGCGGAACUAUCUAGAACUUCCGGUUUUCGUCAAUCCGAACAAUGUCACCACUAAUCAGCAAUAUAAUCAACUGUCCAGCCUUCCACCCGCCAUUUACAUCAGAAGGAAUAACCUCACUGGGAGUAUACCAGUCGAUGUUGGCCUGUUAAAAGUUCUCCACGUGCUCGAGCUCUCACAUAAUAACUUGUCCGGAACAAUUCCAGAUGAAUUGGCAAACCUCACAAAUUUAGAGAGGCUUGAUUUGUCCUUCAAUGAUCUAUCUGGUCAAAUCCCUUGGUCGCUCACAGGCCUCCAUUUCUUGUCCUAUUUUGAUGUGGCUAACAAUAAUCUCCAGGGUCCCAUACCAACAGGAGGUCAGUUCGAUACCUUUCCGAAAGCACAUUUCGACGGCAACACUUUGCUGUGUGGUACUGCACUGCAACGCUCCUGCAGUACUCCACCUGAUCCCUACAGUACAACCAUGGAUAAAGACAAGGUUAAUGCAAAGCUUGUUACAGGAAUUGUCAUUGGAACUUUUGUUGCUGCAAGUUUGGUUGUGGUGGUUCUAGCUCUGUGGGUGCUGUCCAAGAGGAGGAUCAUUCCGGGAGGAGAUUCCGAGAAGACAGAAGUGGAGAUAAUGUCCAAUGCCUCGUAUUCUGCAGUUGUUCCGGAAUCUGAGAAAGACAUAAGCCUCGUUCUGUUGUUUGGAAACAACGAAACUGAAGUAAAAGACCUAAACAUUUUCGAGCUCUUAAAAGCAACAAACAGCUUCAGUCAGGCCAACAUAAUUGGCUGUGGAGGAUUUGGUCUUGUGUACAAGGCUGUCUUGAAUAACGGAACAAGACUGGCUGUCAAGAAACUCACUGGAGAUUACGGCCUGAUGGAAAAGGAAUUCAAGGCAGAGGUUGAAGUUCUGUCCAGGGCCAAACAUGAAAACCUGGUCGCCCUCCAAGGCUAUUGCAUGCACGAGGGUUGUCGGAUACUGAUAUAUUCUUUCAUGGAGAAUGGAAGUCUUGAUUACUGGCUGCAUGAGAAUCCUGACGGUCCAUCCCAACUGGAUUGGCCGAAAAGACUUAAUAUUGCCAGAGGAGCAAGUUGUGGACUAGCUUACAUGCACCAGGCAUGCGAGCCACAUAUUGUCCACCGUGACAUCAAGUCCAGCAAUAUCCUCCUAGACGAACACUUUAAGGCUCAUGUAGGAGACUUCGGGUUGUCGAGGUUGAUCCUUCCUUACCGGACCCAUGUCACAACCGAGCUUGUGGGCACUUUGGGUUACAUCCCUCCAGAGUAUGGACAAGCAUGGGUAGCCACUUUGAGAGGAGACGUGUACAGCUUCGGGGUUGUAAUGCUUGAGCUUCUCACUGGGAAAAGACCAGUGGAGGUGUUCAGACCAAAGAUGUCAAGAGAACUGGUCGGAUGGGUACUUCAGAUGAGAAGUGAAGGCAAACAAGAGGAAGUCUUUGAUCCUUCUCUGAGCGACAGAGGUUAUGAAGAACAGAUGCUUCAGGUUCUAGACAUAGCCUGCAAGUGCGUGAACCAAAAUCCUCUCAAGAGACCAAGCAUCCAAGAGGUUGUAGACUGUCUCAAGAAUGUAGGAGCAGGAAACAUAAAUCAAAGUAACAGAGACGAUCAAGAACGAAGGUAACUGUUUGCCUGACCCUUCCCUCUUUCAUCCUUAAGACCAGAUACAUACAACAUCACAAGAAAAUAUACAUUUUUUUUUUCAGUAUAUAUAUUUUCCUGUAAAUUAAGUUGACGCUAAUAGACAGAUCUAAUGAUGUAAAGGGCAAGACAAUAUGCAGCUAAGAAACGUCCCCAAAACCCGAAAUAAAGAAAGUUUACACA